AUAAAAUAUUAAAAAGUUUUGAUGACAAAAAAGAAUCAAAUUAUAAAUCAAGUGCUCAUUGGAUUUCUGAAAAUGGAAUUGCAAAAAAUAAGUUAUGCCUUUUUGACAUUUUAUCUGGAGUUGCCUUUAAACAUUGCAAUGGACUAUUAGAAUUAGAAAAUAAAAUAGUGGAUGCAAAAUAUUGUCAGGAAUUUGCACACGUAGUGUGGAAAAAUGGACAGUUAAUGCAUGUUCAUGUCACUAAUGACAUAUACAGGGACUAUCAAAGUCGCCUUAAUGUGGUAAUGGAUCGUAUUAUAAACAGAUUAAACUGGUUGAAAGAGACGAGUUAUUAUUACUUUGGCAGGAUAAUUGAAAGUCGAAUAUUUAUUUUGGUCGAUAUUUCUCUCUCGAUGAAAGAAUAUAUGAAAAAUGUGUACAAACUACUAUUCCGCGUUUUAAAUGAGCAGAUAUUAAAUAGUGGGAAAAGUUUCAAUAUUAUUGCAUUUAACACAGAGUAUCAUAUAUGGAGAAAUAAUUUCACAUUCCCUACACCUGGUGAAAUCAAACUUUCUCUUAAUUGGCUAAAAUCUAUUGAAAUUGGCGGGUCGACAAAUAUAAUACCUCCAUUAACGAACGCGAUAUAUAACAAUGCAACAGAAACCGUUUUCCUUUUAUCCGACGGACGUUCUAACGAGUCUGUCGAUGAAAUUCUUUCUAGCUUGAGCGGAAGACAUAAUUUGAGAAUAAAUACAAUCUCAUUUAAUAUGGAUAAUUCACCCCCAAAUCGACUUUUAUAUGAACUAUCUUUCAAAACUAGUGGUGUGUGCGCAACUUUUGUCCUUCAAAAUCAUUCCAGAACAUUGAGAGUAUGA